ACUCUUAUGUCAAAAAUUCGUCGUCUGAAUUUUUCAAAAAGAUGGCGAGUUUCGAGAAAUUCGAACCCAUAUUCGGAGAAGUAGUACCCGAACGAUCGGAUCCGGGUUCGGGUCUUCUCCGACGAUGUCUCUUCCACGUCUACGCUUCCGAUUCGUAUAACUUAACAGUCCAUGUCACUGACUUCGUCUCCGGCGUCUGGACGACGAUCCUCUCCGUCUCGAAGCUAGAUGAUAUGAGGGAUACUGUUGGGAUUGGUGGUUCGUGGUCUGAGUUCGUCGAUUAUACUGUAGCUUCUUUGAAAUCAGACAAUGUGAAGCUUCUUCUCCUUGGACCAAAUUCAGUUUCUAAUGGUGUUGAGAUUGCGCGAUUAGUUUCUCAGAAGGCCAAAGGAAUGCCUCGCAUAAUAGUACCUCUAACAAAGAUGGUGGACUCAUCUGCUGCUGCUAGUGAGGCAAUGGCUAAUCUGUCUUUCGAGUUGUUCAGAGCAUUCAAGAGCAAGCAGCACCUACAAGGAGAAGUUAGUUCGUCAGCUGCAGCAACUCAUGAAAAGGAUAAGAGGGACGGUACCUAUAACUUCUCUGGAAAGUUAGAUGUUAUGGCUCCAUCAACAGAUAACCAGCAAGACUCUCCCGCCAAGAAAUCUGCCCGAGAAGCUAACACAGCAAAACCUGUUAAACGAGUUCCUGCUCACCGAAGGUAUAUACAUAUCAUAUCCUAUUUAAAUCUCAUGCAACUUCCAUAUUAGUAACGAGUUCCUGCUCACUGAAUCGCCUGGGAUGUAUGCUUAUGCUGAUGAUAAUUUCUCAGGUCCUUUUUUCUCCUCUUUUGGUGAUUCGAUUUUGUUAAAAGAAUCUGUAAGGGCAACGUACAUACUAUAAGCAAUUUUUAAAAGAUGAAAUAGAAAUAAAGUUGAAUCUUCCUUGGUAUCAUUUAUUCAUUCAUAUCUGCUGUAUCAAAUUAUAUGAACUAAUCAUUUACACCACAUACCAGUUCAGACCAAUACAAAUAUUAUACA